GGCUAAACAAGUGAGCGAGUGGCCCAAAUGAAUAGAAUGAAGCUAAUUAGUGAAAGGGCCUAAUCCAGUAUAGUAGUGAAGCUGAAGAAGUGUUCCACACGCUUGCAUUGCAACCUGAUCCUUCGAGAGCUUGAGCUUGUGCAUAGCUUUUAGUUGCCGGCUGCUGCUGCUUCAUUUUUUUUCUUUGUUGUUGCAGACUGCAAUCGCCCACAUACUGGGCUGGUAUUAUAUCUUCUCAUUCCUCAAGCUCUCGCCAAAUUUCUUGUUCUCUUUGUCAGUAUAGCAGUUGCUUGUACUAUGUUGAAAUGAUGUAGUACUAGGAAAAGGAAGAGAAAGAUGCUAAGGGUGGCAGUGGCAUUGGCAUGGCAGAAGAAGAGAGUAGGAGGAAUGAGAAUGCCAUCAAUAGCAGCAAGGGCUGUUCAUGCCUUAAAGGAUGAAAACUGCCCAAUUCUGAUAUCUCCAUCUCUUGUCUCAUUAGACCUCCCUGAUAUUUGGGCUUCUAAUCCCAACCCCCAUGACUUUCCUUCCGCUCAUAAAUGCUCCAAUGAGCAGAAUGCUGCAAUAAUUGAUGGAAAGUCAAUGGCAGAGGAAAUUAUGUCAAGAAUAGCUUUUGAGGUCAAGAGGAUGAAGGAAUCCAUUGGAAAGGUUCCUGGAUUGGCUGUCAUUAUGGUGGGCCAAAGAAGGGACUCACAAACUUAUGUCCGCAACAAGAUAAAAGCUUGUGAAGAAGCUGGAAUCAAGUCAAUGAUGACUGAACUGCCUGACCAUUGUAAAGAAGACGAAGUUCUUAAUGCUUUGUCAAGAUUCAACGAGGAUCCAUCAGUUCAUGGUAUUCUUGUGCAACUUCCUCUUCCACAACAUUUGGAUGAGGCAAAAAUUUUGGAUGUGCUGAGCCUAGAAAAAGAUGUGGAUGGCUUUCAUCCACUAAAUAUGGGAAAUCUUGCCCUAAGAGGAAGGGAGCCUUUGUUCAUUCCAUGCACUCCAAAAGGUUGCAUUGAGUUAUUGAUCAGGUCUGGUGUGGAAAUCAUGGGGAAGAGAGCUGUGGUGAUUGGAAGAAGUAACAUAGUUGGAUUGCCUACAUCCUUACUAUUGCAGAGGCAUCAUGCGACUGUCAGCAUCAUACAUGCAUUUACCAAGAAUCCAGAACAGAUCACCUGUGAAGCUGACAUUGUGAUUGCAGCUGCAGGAGUGCCUAACCUGGUUCGUGGCAAUUGGCUAAAGCCUGGUGCAAUUGUUAUAGAUGUGGGGACAAAUCCAAUUGAGGACCCUAGCUGUGAGCACGGUUACCGUCUCAGAGGAGAUGUUUUCUAUGAAGAAGCAUUGAGGGUAGCAUCCUUAAUUACCCCUGUGCCUGGAGGAGUUGGGCCCAUGACAAUUGCCAUGCUCCUGUCCAACACUCUUGACUCUGCCAAACGUGCGUAUAACUUUACUUGACCUGUAAAAUUAAACACUACUAAAAUUUUAUAUUUGCAGGGCAUUUAUCUUAAUGUUUGUAGUCCUUAUUUUUUUCCCUGCUGAAUUACUACGUUUGUAGUCUUUAACUUUGUUUAUUGUAACUUAUUGAUGUUUAACCACGGGUGUAUUUUGCUGGAAAUUGAUCACGACUGUCCACUAGACUCAACAGACGUGAGAAAUUUGUAGGUCUUCACCAUCUUAAUAUAAGGCCUUCUCGUUACCAAGUUCAGUAGCCAAAAAAA